AAAAAAAUCUUCGCGGCUAAAAUUUCAAUCAGUCCUAAAAAAUCCCGCCAAACCCCGUUUCGGAGCCAAACGGUGGCAACGUUUUCUUUAAUAGCGUUUUCCAUUUGUCCCUAAUUGGCAGUGAGUUCCAUCGACAUUUCUCGAAAAUAUCUCUCACUCUGAGCCUUUUGAUUCUUUUGUCUCUCUUAAUUCAAUCGCUGGGAAACUUUUUGAAAGAGGAUAUGGAUAUCUCCGACAUAGCUAAGAAACUUGGUCUGGAUAACAACAAGCUUUUAAUUAGAAAAGCUGCAGAGAUCCGCCGUCUUUGUGAUGCCCAGUUCGAUUCAUCCAUCAUCGGCGUUGGUGAGAUCUGUAAAGCUGUGAUAUGUAUGGAGAUCGCCGCCUCUAGAUUGCAGAUUCUAUUCGAUAGACAAGCAGCGAUUAAGUUGAGUGGUAUGUCUGAAAAGGCUUACUCUAGAUCAUUCAAUAGUCUUCAAAACGUUAUUGGGAUCAAGAUUAAGCUUAAUGUAAGAGAAUUGGCUGUUCAGUUUGGUUGCGUUAGGAUAAUCAAAUCUGUGCAAAAUGUUCUAUCCUCGUAUAAGGAGCGGUUUCUUUCAUCACUACCAGCGUCAAGACGGGCAAAUGCUGAUUUUACUAGACCUGUAUUUACAGCUGCUGCUUUUUAUUUAUGUGCUAAGAAGCAGAAGCUCAAGGUAGAUAAGCUUAGGCUGAUUGAGGUUUGUGGAACAUCAGAGUCUGAGUUCUCUUGCGUCUCAACCUCCAUGACGGAUCUUUGCUUUGAUUGUGUUGGGAUUUCAAAGGAAAAGAAAGAUGCAAAGGACCUCAAAGGAAACCGAGACUUGCUUGAUGUGUUACCUAGAAAGAGGAGACUAGAGGAUGGUGGAUAUUUAUCUGAUGAAGAGUCGUCAUGUUACAAAAGACAUAAGAAGAUGGAAGAGGCUAAGUAUGAGGACUGGAAAUCCACAGUCGUCAAUUCGAUCAAGCAGAAUCCAGAGAAAGGACCCAAGAGAGUCAUACAGGCCAGUCUCAAUUUUCCAAAGAAGACAGAGUCAAAAGAGUUGCCAGUUGAUCUAUAACCUUUCAACACAUAUAGACUCGGAACCUUUUCAAUUAUUGUUGUUUUCAUCACAUGGAAUAAUAAUGUAUGUGUGAAUGACAAUUCUUGAAAAGA